CAUGCUGACUUCAACAUCCUUUGCUCAACAGUAUAGUUUUAGCUGAGGAGAGAACAGGUGUUCUUCUGACCUGAAUUUUAAAACUUAGUCUGGAAGUAACUUUAUAGGUAAAUGGAACUACAGUAUUACCAUGGAAAUAUAACAAAAGAACACUGUGAAGAAUUACUGAGCAAGAACAAAAACAAUGGAUGCUUUUUAAUACGAGACAGUGAGAGCAUACCAGGAGCUUUUUGCCUUUGUGUUUUCUAUGAAGAGUUUAUCUACACUUACAGAAUCUUCAGGAAACACAAUGGACAUUUUAUGAUCCAGACUUCAGAAGGUGCUCAAAAACAGGACUUCAGAACGCUGAAGGACUUAAUAGCCACCUUUGAAAAACCAAAUCAAGGGCUGGUCAUCAAUCUGCGCUACCCUGUAAAUAGAUCUACAUCAAGCCAACAACCUCAGAAUGUCUAUGCAGAUGGUGAAGAUUAUAUCAACUUUGAAGCUGAAGGCAGUGAUUAUGUGGAUGUAUUGCCUGACUCCUGACUGAAAGACCUGCUUCAUCUCAGUUUGCUCCAUUUCAGAAUGGAAAUUCAUCUUCAGUGGGUUACAACAGUACUGACUAGAACUUGUUCAUUUGUUUGGACUUUGUCUUCCCCUUCUCUCUGACAUGCCUUAAAAGAUAAUAUGUCUUGUACCUCUGUAUAAUAGUACUAAAAAUAAAAUCUUUUCAACAUUAUUCACUCUGUACUCAUGAGACUGGAGUCUAGACUUAGUCAUACUUAGUGAGAAUCACGAGGCCCUCCAGAUAUAGUUGGACUACAUCCCCCAGCAUUCCUCACCAUCAAUUAUGUUGGCUAGGGCUGCUGGGACUUACUGUCAAACAUCCAGAGGGCCUCAUGAUUCUUAUUGUUGUUAUAAAGACUGAUACAGUAAUGAUACACACACAUCACAGCAUCUGUUUCAUAGUACAGUAGUACUUUAAAUGUACAUUUGCCUUUCCUUGAUCCUGGAAUACAGAUCCCAUGGAUACAUUUGGUAUUUGCAUCUUUCCAAUUUUUUUAACUGCUUGAAAUAUUUUUCUAAUUUGUUUUUCCUUGCAUGUAUACUAUCUUAGUUUCAUUAUUCAUGUUCUUUUUAUCUUAUUCCCUACAAAAAUUAAAAAAAACAACACCUGUAUACUUAGGAAGAGAUUGUCAAAAUGUAUUUGGCUGUGCUGUAUAUGUUUUGUACAUCAUUGUUCUUACUGUGUUAAACUUGGUAACAGCAAAUCAUCAUCCGUAUUUGUUUUGGAAUACAUGCUCUUAUAUGUAUUGGAAUUCAGUAUUUUAUAGUGAUUUUGUAAGUUUGGAUUCAAGCACUAGCUAAAAUACUCACCCAGUGGAAGAAAUAUUUGUGGUCCUGAUUAUGUGGGCUCAGGUCUAGAUGUAUAGAUAGUCAUAAUCAUUAAGGAGGGAAAGACUUUAGGAGCCUAGUUUUAACAUUUUCAGAAUCUUAGCAUUUAUCUUAUUAGCAUAUGAACUUGUUAUAUCAGUGACAACACAAUCUUCAUCCAUUUUGCAACUUGAAUUCAGUUUCUGGCAGCCACAAAUGCAAGUAAGUGUUUCAUCAUUUUUAAAAUACCUGUUGUACAUGCCAUUCAGACCUGUAAUUUUAACACUGCCGUUUAAGACUGCUUUAACUGCCCUGGGUCAAUGCUAGGGAAUUCUGGGAACUGUAGCUUUGUGAGACAUUUACCCUUCUCUGUCAGAGAGCUCUGGUGCCACAAUGAAAUAUAACUCCAAUGAUUCCCCAACACUGAUCCAGGGCAGUUAAAGCAGUCUCAAACUGGAUCAUUUCUGCAGUGUGUUUUUGGACUAUAGUGAUACUGUAAUCUUUAGGACAAUUUCAGCCUAUGGGGCUCCUGUGCCAUCUCAUAAAAAACCUAAUAAAAUAUUUAGGACAUUCUUAUGUCCUAAAUACACAAUGCACUCUGAAUGUUUUUAAAGACCUGGUUUUCCAUCAUCUCUCUCCCCCCACACUGACACAUCUUUCUCCAUGUUAAAAGGGUUUUUUAAAGUGCAAAGGUUCAUUUGAGAGUAAAUAGUCAAGAAGAAAUUUGCCAUCCAGUUUAAUAGGUUUCAGCAACUCAUUGACUUGUUUAGACUUGGGGGAAGAUAGCACACACAAGUCUUGUUCCCACUACAUUUAAAUCGGGAUUGGAAUCUGGGUUAAACAGGCAUGGUUCACCCUGAAUCUGAUUUUAGAAAUCGAUUCAGAAAGGGGGGGGGCAUGCUUUUUGACCAUUUUUACCCACUUAAACCUGUUUAAAGACCUCCAAGAAGGGAGAUUCCACCAUUCUCUGAGGGAGUGUGUUCCACUGUCGAACAGCCCUUACUGUC